AAAUUGUGGUUACUUGAUACGCGAGACGAGCAACUUUGGUCGUCCCUUCACUCAGUCUUGAGCUUAAAUUAAACUUUUGUUUUGUUUUUGUUGUUGGUUCUUCAGUUAAGUUCUUCUUCUCCAUUUCAUCUGCGUUUCCUCAACUCUCAUCUCUGGUUUUGGCGGUGAAAUAAAGAAAGGGGGAAAAGAGAGGGAUAGGGUUUGAGAUAGAGAAAUGGCCGCAGAAUCAUCGGAGGGCGAAGAAGAAGGAAAGUUGAACGGAGGGAACAAAUUGCUCAUAGUGGAUGACGACUUAACGGAAAUGGGAAAGAAGGCCGCUUGGAGCGUCAGUUCCUGCAAACCCGGUAACGGCGUUUCCUCGCUCCGUGACGACAACAUCUUAACCUAUUGGCAAUCUGACGGAGCCCAACCCCAUUUGGUUAACAUUCAGUUUCAAAAGAAAGUUAGAUUACAAUUAAUUGUGCUGUAUGUGGAUUUCAAGCUUGACGAGAGUUACACACCUAGCAAAAUUUCCAUUCGUGCCGGUGAUGGCUUUCACAAUUUGAAGGAGAUUAAAACUGUGGAACUUGUGAAGCCUACUGGUUGGGUUUAUCUCUCCUUGUCUGGUGUUGAUCCUCGAGAAACCUUUGUGAACACUUUCAUGCUGCAAAUUGCUGUAUUGUCAAACCAUCUCAAUGGGAGGGAUACUCAUGUCCGGCAAAUCAAAGUUUAUGGUCCUCGACCGAACCCUAUUCCACAUCAGCCAUUUCAAUUUACUUCAAGAGAGUUCAUCACCUACUCUUCCAUACGAUGAUAAUUCAUGGGAGGAAUUAAUCAAGCCAACCUAAUGUUAAAUCGAAUGAGACUCUGCUUACUAAAUGAUUAUAUCAUCUGGAAGGUCUGAAACCAAAUGACUGGUCAUUGAAAUGUCAAAAUAUAUUCACUUCAAAAUUCAUAUAAAAAAUUAUCAUCAGUAAAUGUGGUUAUCAGUAUCCUUUGUUUCUUGCAAGUAUCUAUAGUUUGUUCAGAUGUGCAAAUGCUCAUGAAUAUUUAUUGAAUCAGUCCAUUGGAAUAAUGUGGUCACAAAUUGAUGGUAAAUUUUAACAAAUUAAUAUC